AUGGUAUUUGUUGUGGAAAAGUUUAUCUCAUAUCUGGUUGGAUCAAAAGUGAUUGUCUAUACAGACCAUGCCACCAUAAGAUAUUUGAUGAAUAAAAAAGAAGCAAAGUCAAGACUGAUAAGAUGGGUUCUAUUGUUACAAGAGUUUGAUUUACGAAUUAAAGAUAAAAAAGGAGAUGAAAAUGUUGUAGUGGAUCAUCUAUCAAGGAUUAAGUAUGAGAGUAAAGAUGGAAAUAAAGAAGAAUUGCCAAUUCAUGAGUUUUUCUCGAAUGAGCAAUUGCUAGUUAUUGUUGCUGCAUUGCCAUGGUUUGCAGAUUUUGUCAAUUACCUGUCAUGUGGAGUUCUCCCACCAGAUUUUAGCUAUCAACAGAAAAAGAAAUUUUUACAUGAUGUGAAAUUUUAUACAUGGGAGGAUCCACUGCUAUUUAAGAGAUGUAAUGAUGGUUUAGUUAGUAGGUGCGUGCCUGAAGAGGAAAUAGAAAACAUUUUAGAGCAUUGUCAUUCUUCUGACUAUGGAGGUCAUUUUAGUAUGGAUAAAACAAUGGCUAAAGUACUUCAAGCUGGUGUGGAUUAUGUGUCAAAAUGGGUUAAGGCCAUUGCUUCCCCUACAAAUGAUGCAAGGUUUGAAAAUCUUUUAAAGAAAUAUGGGGCUACUCAUAAGGUAGCUACACCUUACCACCCUCAGACCAGUGGGCAAGUUGAAGUAUGUAAUAGGGAAUUGAAGAGAAUUUUGGAAAAAAUCGUUAAUCAUUCAAGGAAGGAUUGGUCAUUAAGGCUAGAUGAUGCAUUAUGGGCAUACAGGACAGCUUAUAAGACACCCAUUGGAGCUACACCUUUUAAGCUAGUCUAUGGGAAAUCAUGUCAUUUGCCAGUUGAGUUGGAACACAAAGCAUAUUGGUCAAUCCAAACUUUGAAUUUUGAUUUAAAAAGUGCUAGAGAUAAAAGAUUACUUCAAUUAAAUGAACUUGAAGAGAUAAGGUUGGAUUCAUAUGAGAAUGCUAGGAUUUUUAAGGAAAAGACUAGAUUUUGGCAUGAUAAGUAUAUUAAAAGAAAGGAGCUUAAAGAGGGUGACCUGGUUCUAUUGUAUAAUUCUAAACUUAGACUCUUUCCUGGGAAGUUGAAAUCAAGAUGGUCUGCUCCUUUUAAGGUUGUUAAAGUUUAUCCCCAUGGAGCUGUGGAUAUUUGGAGUGAAAAUUUUGCGAUUUUUAAAGUUAAUGGUCAAAAGUUCAAGAUUUAUAUCACAGGCCAGCUCAUUCAGAAGAGAACAAGUUGUUUCCUAGAUAAUCCACCAAUUCACUAA